CACAGUUCAGUCCUUUAUUUUUUGUUGCUGUUUUGCCAAAGCCAAAGCCAUGAGCGAUCUCCUGUCGUUUGCGUUGUUCGUCACCGCCAACAUCAUCCGGAUGGUGGAGGAGUACGAGAUGAUUGAGCCCGAGUUCGAGAAGCUCUCCGCCCGCGUCCGCUCGCUCGAACGCCCGCUCGAGGUGCUCAAGACAUCGUGCGGAAACCUGCAAGUCUACGAAGACGUCUUGCGCCGCCUCAACCAGGUCCUCGACUCGGUCAACCGCUUCUUUGAAGCCCAGGCCAAGCAGCGCGCCAAGGGCGAGAAGAAGGACAAGAUCCUCAAGUUUAUCCGCGGCGAGUCCAUCAAUGUCACCGUUGCGCUCUUCCACGAGAACAUUGACGUGUGCAUCGUCGAUCUCAACGCGGCCGUCCAAGCUGCCGAAGUGCUGAACGCCCAGCAGCGCGUUCAGGACACCGCCAAGACCACUGUCGAGAUGCUCGAGCUCGAAAAGCGCCGUGCUGCGCUUGAGGAGGUUCAUGAGUGCGUGCAGUGCGGCCAGGAGUUCAAGGAGUCCUCGAACGCCAUGGGCACUUGCAAGUUCCAUCCUACCCAUUCGACCUACUCGAACCGCGGUGUUCGCAUGCGAUGCUGCGACAAGGAAUUCCGCGACACGACUGCUGCCAAUGCGGAAGGCUGCCGUCGCGGUCGCCACAUCAAGGACCAUCACGUCUUCUUCCCGUACCUGAACUACUUUUCGUGGCUUUACAAGCAGAAGAGUCUCGAGUCGGAGAUUUGGCUCAGCGGCCAGCAGGUCGAUCUCGAGGAUGGAAUGACCAAGUGGGCCACGGUCGGCGUUCGUACCGAUGGCCACCUGUUUGUUCGCAUUGGCAAGGGAAACUUCAACUUGAUGAUGAUGACCAUCGAUCCCAACGCCGCGGCUUCCUUCAAGCUCAAGAACAACGCGACCGAAACGCUCAUUUGCACACGCGGUACUUACGACUUCCCUGGUGAGCUCGACCAGAGCACCGAAAAGUUGUACUGGUACGUGCGCGCUGAUUGGAUUCUUCACCAAGAGUCCAUUGCCGGCGUGCGUCUCCAGAUCAAGUCCUGCACCUCGGAUGGUCCGUUGGUCAAGGAACUCUUCUUCAAGUCCCUGUCUCCCUUGGAAAAGGGCGAGACCAAGGCCUUCCUUCCGGCCGGCUCUGGUGCCAACAUUGACACUUCGAUCGUCAAGCCGCCACCCAAGGUCGCCAACUUUACUCCCUUCCCAGACUCCAUCACCAAGGCUCCUCCGAUUUUCGAGGACGAGAACACGACCAACUCGGGAUCGACCAAGCUGCGUCUCAAGAACGUUGGACCGGCGCAAGCCAAUCCCAACACGAGCGGCUUUUCGUUUGAUACCUUCGUCAACGAAAUCAUGGUCAUGAAUCUGGCAAAGGGCGAGGCUGCUGUUGGUUCGUCGUCGAGCGAGCGCAUCAUGAUUCUGGCCAUGGUUCAGACACACCAAAUCAACGUGGAGGAGGCUUGCCGCCUGCUCACCGCUGUUGACACCAGCAAGACCGCUCCCGACGACCCAGUAACCAUCAUUGAUUGCUACUGUGACUUUUUGGUCGACGGCGAGUGGGUCCGCAGCCGCAAGACGACGUGCCAAGUGACUGGCAAGGGCGAACUCCCUUUCACCGUCGAACCGAAGGGUGUUGUGAAGGUGACCAUCUCUGGUCAGAUGGAAGCUCCAGGCAAGAGCUCGUCCUGGCACGGCCGUGCAUAUGUUGCUCGCUUGGCUCCAGUUACCAUGCGCAUCACUCUUGAAACGAUGGAGGGUGCAAAGGCGUCCAAGAACGUUGUCUUCCACAACCCGGCGACUUCGUUCAACCAGCGCGAAUCGACCGACAUGUUCUUCUUGCACUGCGAUGAUCCGUUCCGCUGGGAGCGUGGCUAUGUGUCGGUCAGUCCUGCUGACCAAGACAGGAAGGAUGCGCUGUUCAAGGUCAAGGUCAAUGGCAGCACUACGUACAAUGUGACUCUGGAAAAUCUCCAGAGCUGGGCUUACACUGCGCUCAAAGAAACCCCGCACGCCACCGAGUGCGAGCUGAGCGAUCUGUGCUCGGGUCCCGUCAAGACCCGCGGUUUCAUCGAUCACGCCACCAAGACGAUCGUUGGCUUCCACUUUGAAGUGGAGUGGACUGCUGACAAGCAGAGCCCCGGCUACAAGGCGAGCGACUCGUACAUUAUUCCCUCGCACGUUCUCCGCGAUGCUCUUGCCUCCGUUCCCACUGACCAUGUCGAGUAGAGCGAGCGAGUGGCGCUCCUUUUUGAAAGUUUGGGAUGAAGACUUUUGCUUGAAUGAUGUUUUUGAGAUCAUGUCCAUUGCCGCUAAAUACCAAACACCCAAACACAACAAAA